ACUGAAAAAGCACUAUGGCUGCAAUAUUUCUCGCAGUUCUGCCUCCUUGGGCGUUGGUUUUAGUAGCAGUUGCUUGUAUUUCAGUGGCGGCAAUAGUAGCCGGGUUGUUGUUGGGAAUCAUGUCUUUGGACAAGGUUGGAUUGCAAAUACUUGCCAAUUCUGACAGACCGGAGUCGGAACACGCGAGGAGUUUAGUUCCUAUUCGAGAAAAGGGAAAUUUUCUAUUAGUUUCUUUGCUUCUUGCUAAUACUCUGGUCAAUGAACUUCUUCCUUUGGUGUUGGAAGCUCUGUUUCCAGGAGGAUAUUUCAGUUGGGUCGCGUCGGUUGUCUUGAUUCUUUUUCUAGGUGAAAUUGUGCCCCAAGCAGUUUGUUCCAGAUAUGGGUUGGAGAUUGGUGCAAAGGCAGUUGGCUUCAUAAGAGUGCUUCAGUUGUUGCUUUAUCCUUUUGUUUGUCCAGUUGCCUGGGUUUUGGAUUACUUUCUUGGAGAGGAAUUGGGAACUUUGUACUCUAGGAGUGAAUUGCGAGCGCUUGUGGAUUUUUAUACACAGAAUGACUUUGGCAUUCUCACAACAGACGAGGGACAUUUGAUCAAAGGUGCUCUCGAUAUGCACGACAAAACCGUUGGUGAAGUGAUGACGAAAGCUGACGAUGUUUUUAUGUUGUCUGUCGACGCUAAACUCGAUCGAGAACUCUUGAAAACUUUGCUUAGAAAGGGACACUCAAGGAUACCUGUUUAUGUGAAUGAACCUGGAAACGUAGUAGCUUUGUUAUUAGUAAAGCAGUUGCUUCUUAUCAAUCCAGAUGAUGGAAGAACGAUUCGAUCGAUUUUAACAAAGAAGAAAAAGUCUCACAAGAAGAAAUUUACAUCUCCUGUCUAUGUCUCCAUGUCAGCACGUUUAGAAGAAGUGUUGGAUGAGUUUCAACAGGGAAGAAGUCAUCUUGCGAUAGUAUAUGAUGACUUAACAAAGCCUGAAGGGGAACGCAAAUUUAUGGGUAUUGUUACUUUGGAAGAUAUUAUUGAAGAAAUUCUUCAGGAAGAAAUUGUGGACGAGACUGAUGUUUAUAUGGACAUGAAGACGAAGAAACCUGUUCUCUUUCGUGGUCCAGAUGGUCGUCUGCAUCGUAGAGCGUUUAUUGGACCGAAGAAGCCCCAUACCCAAAUUACUAUACGGGAGAUCGACGUCGGUACCUUAAAGCACAGUUCUAGUGACCCAAGUCUAUCCAAUACAAGAAAGAAAACCGCAGAAAAUUUUAAUAAGCAAGUUAUGCGUGGCGAUAUCAAUGAAUGGAGUUUGAAAAAUCUCGCCUAUACUACUGAUGAUAUUCGAGGGUAUGAGUCGGAUUCCGAUGAGGCAUCGGAUUACUCGAGUCAAGCCAAUCAUCAUGUUCACUCGCAUUCACAAGCUUCAAACAGUCGGAAUGGAAAGCGAGAACAUAGCGUUGAGCUGUUCGAAGAAGAAGAACAGAGGCCAUUGUUAGGAAGCAAAGCACUGUGAACUUUAAAUGAAAGUUGUGAAAUUGCAUUCAAUAGUGCUGCAAAUAUUAUAAAUUAUUGUUCACAAAA